AUGGAAGAGUACACCAACGGACACCAAAAGGCCGGUCCUACCGAGAUGAGCUCUGACGAGGCGUUGCGUAAGAUGAAGACGGCGGGAAGCAUCUCGCUCACCCCAGAGCUUUUUGAGAAGCUUUACUUGCAACCUCAGAACAAGGUCAAGGGUGAUUUGCGCAGGACAUUCGCCAACCCUACGCCCAUUGCCAUCAUUGGUUUCCUCAUGUGUCUUGGGCCAUUGUCCUGUGAUCUCAUGGGCUGGCGUGGAGCUGGUGGUGCCGGUGCUGCAAACAGUGCCGUGUUCUUCUUCUUUGGCGGUGUCCUCAUGAUCAUCGGCGGUGUCCUCGAAUUCUUCCUCGGCAAUACCUACCCUUGUGCAGUCUUUCUCAACUAUGGUGCUUUCUGGAUGAGCUAUGGCGGUACUCUUCUACCACAGUUCAACGCCUACGCGCCGUACGCACCAGCCGAUGCCACUUCACCUGCCGCCGGUCUCGCGACGCAAGGAUUCAAUGCGAGCUUCGGAUUCUUCAUCUUGUCACUCGGAAUCGUCACUUUCUUCUUCCUUAUUUGCUCCGUCCGAACCAACAUUGUCUUUGUCGUCAUCUUCUUCUCCCUUACCAUGUGUGUUGGCUUCAUCACCGGUGCUUACUGGCAGUUGGCCCAAGGAAAUGCCGUCUUGGCAGAAAAGCUACUAGUCGCUGGAGGUGCUUGCUCGUUUGUCACGACCGCUGGCGGAUGGUGGCUGCUGCUCGUUCAGCUUCUUGCAGCCGUCGAUUUCCCCAUCAACCUCCCCGUCGGAGAUCUUAGCACUGUUAUCAAGGGUGCUAGCGACCGCAAGAAGCUCGAUGUCUAA